AUGUUUAAAAUCAAUCCUAAGCUCAAAAAGCUCUGCUCUGUCCUUUUCUCCGUCUCCUCUUCUGAACACUUAAUCAACUCUCGCACCUCCCUCACCUUCGCUCUCAAAGCCAUUCACUCACUCACUGAAACUCUUGAAUUGAACCAACCAAUGGACACUCUUCUUCUUAUUCUUCACCUUCUUCUCAUUCCCCCAUCCCUCUCUCUCCCCCAAAAUCUCCACCCAAUCGACCUAAACGCCCUUCUCUCCAUCAAAAACACCCUCACCGACCUCUCUCCCUCCAACCCCUUCUUCUCCACCUGGAACCUCACCGCCCCCGACCCCGACCCCUGCACCACCUUCGCCGGCCUCACCUGCUCCCUCGGCCGCGUCACCGCCCUCUCCCUCGGCGGUCCCUCUCUCCCCCUCGCCGGCACCCUCCCUGUCUCCCUCUCCCUUCUCACCGACUUGACUCAGCUCCUCCUCUCCCCCGGACUCGUCACCGGCCCCAUCCCUCCCCAACUGGCCCAACUCACCAACCUCCGCGUGCUCUCUCUCCCCUCCAACCGCCUCACUGGGCCCAUCCCCGCCGCACUCUCCGCCCUCCGCCGCCUCCACACCCUCGACCUCAGCCGCAACCAACUCGCUGGCUCACUGCCCCCGAGUCUCAUUGACUUGCCCCAACUCAAAAUCCUCAUCCUCGCUUCCAACUCUCUAUCGGGCACAUUACCGAAAACCGUUAAGUCUCCGUUACUCCACCUCGACCUAAAAAACAACAAACUCACAGGACCGUUACCGUCAUCUCUCCCGUCAUCACUCCGUUAUUUGUCGCUUUCGCAGAACUUCAUGUGGGGCCCUCUCCCCAACGGCCUGGAAACGCUCACCGAGUUAGCUUUCCUCGACCUUAGUAUGAACCGCUUCACCGGGCCCAUCCCAGUCCAAUUGCUCUCCCUCCCCGCUCUCUCAAACAUUUUCUUACAACGGAACAAUCUCUCUGGUGGGCUUGGUCCCGGGUCGGGCCCGAUAACAGGACCCGGAUCUAUAGUCGAUCUGAGUCAUAAUUCUCUUAGUGGAACACUUUCGAAUGUUUUGGAGGGAGUGGAGAGUUUGUUCCUGAACGAUAACCGUUUCGCGGGAGAGGUUCCGGAGGUGUACGUGAAGAACGUGUGGCGCGGCAGCACCAAAUUGCUGUACCUGCAGCAUAACUACCUCACUGGGAUUCCGCUGCGGGAAGGGGCGGUGCUGCCCGAUACGGCGUCGUUGUGCGUGUCGUACAACUGCAUGGUGCCGCCGGCCGCGGUUGUGAUGACGUGUCCGGCGAGCGCUGGCAGGGAGGUGUCUAGGCCGGAGGUGCAGUGCACGGUGUUUAACCAUAACGGCAACAACGGAGAUGCAUAG